GAGCACUUCCGGUCUUGUGCCGCCUUCCCAGGACCCUCAGGGAGAGCCGGCCGCCUUCCAGGCGGACAGGCUGAGGCUGAAGGCGUGCCAUUAUCCUUCACCAAUAUAUAAUUACAACAUACUGUUCUUUGUUAAUCUGACACUUAUUUGAAGAACUGAACUACCUUGGAUUCUUAGAAAUGGACUCAGAACUCAAGGAAGAAAUUCCUGUGCAUGAGGAAUUCAUUUUGUGUGGUGGAGUCGAAACCCAGGUUCUAAAAUGUGGGCCCUGGACUGACCUCUUUAAUGAUCAAAGUGUCAAAAGGCCUAAGCUGCUUAUUUUCAUUAUUCCUGGUAAUCCAGGUUUUUCUGCCUUUUAUGUGCCAUUUGCAAAGGCUUUAUACUCUUUGACAAACAGACGCUUUCCAGUUUGGACUAUCAGUCAUGCUGGGCAUGCGUUGGCUCCCAAAGACAAGAAGAUUCUUACAACAUCAGAGGAUUCAAACGCUCAAGAAAUUAAGGACAUCUAUGGACUUAAUGGACAAAUAGAGCACAAACUAGCUUUCCUGAGAACUCAUGUGCCAAAGGACAUGAAACUUGUGCUCAUUGGCCAUUCGAUAGGCAGCUAUUUCACUCUUCAGAUGCUGAAGCGAGUCCCUGAGCUCCUGGUACUUCGCGCCUUUCUGCUGUUUCCAACAAUUGAACGAAUGUCUGAGUCACCCAAUGGCAGAAUUGCCACUCCACUUUUGUGCUGGUUUCGAUAUGUUCUCUAUGUUACUGGCUACUUAUUAUUGAAACCGUGUCCUGAGAAAAUCAAGUCCUUGCUAAUCAGAAGGUGCCUUCAAUUAAUGAACCUGGAGAAUGAAUUUUCGCCAUUGAAUGUAUUAGAACCAUUCUGCCUUGCUAAUGCCGCCUACCUUGGGGGCCAAGAAAUGAUGGAGGUGGUGAAGAGAGAUGACGAAACCAUAAAGGAGCAUUUAUGUAAGCUUACAUUUUAUUAUGGUACUAUAGAUCCUUGGUGUCCAAAAGAAUACUAUGAAGACAUUAAGAAGGAUUUUCCAGAAGGAGACAUUCGACUCUGUGAGAAAAACAUACCUCAUGCUUUCAUCAUCCAUUUUAACCAGGAAGUGGCAAACAUGAUUGCUGACUCCCUAAAGGAUGACCUGUCCAAAAUGUAAAUUGGCCUGAGGAACAAGCCCCCACUGCCAGUACAUGGAGGCAGUCGGUGUACUAGACUUAGUAGGUAAAUGUUUAAUUUUGAAGACUGAUACUAGAAAUGAAGAAAGUGAGAACCCUUGUCUUACAAACCAUCUCUCAGCUCACCAUGUUACAGGCUGACGUAAACACAGUUGAUGAAUCAUUCCAUAGGUUUAACCAUACAUUUUCCAAGACUCAGGGAACACAGUGAUCUACACAGAGUCUCGUGUUUGCACGAGAUGCCCAGUGGCACCAUAUGGUUUAUUUUGGUAGGCGAGAUCUUUGCAGAUGAAAAAAAAAACCUACAUGUACUUGAUUUUAAUUGAAUUACAUUGUAGAAUAGGCUCUUCUGGAGGAAAUUAUGAAAUACCUACUAGAAAAUGUAAAAGAAACCAGUGAAUGUUAAGAGUAUAUUUAGACAUGUGAAGUGUAUGUGAUUAUGACAAGGAUAUACUCACGUUCCAGGAGCAGGAAGUGAACCUGGGUCUCCUUUAAGACAGAAGAUGAAGAUGAGCCCAGACUAACUUAGCAUAGAUCUUGGCUGAGAUAAUCAGUGUGACGUCUAAUGUACCUGCACUAGACAGAGAAUAAAGUUCACCAGACAUCACUGUGGUCAGCUAACCAGAUAAAGAGUUGUUGAAGGACCCCAACUGUGCCUCCUGCAACAAGACAACCAGCAAGUUCUAUGGUGAGCCUUAGCCUGCCAGGUUAUAAGCUCCCUGCAGGCUCCUCUCCAGAGCCAGGAUGGUGAGGCACUGGGCUGUCCCGAAGCAGGUCUGGAUGUGCCAACAUGCAGUUGCUCCUUCUGUAAUUCUUGUACUAAAACUCUAUUAAAGACCAUCAAUGAGCCAAAUAGUGUGCUAGCCAUCAAGGAUAGAGCUCUUAGCUACUUAAUGAUUCUUUUCUUCUGGAAAUCUUCUAGUGAAUAAUUUUUAAAAGCAUCUUUCAAACUGCUGAGUAAAGCAUUACCAUACAUUAGUUCUCCAUUUCUGCAUUAACUUCACUUGUUGGAAAGAAAUUUUGUUAAUGAACCAAACCCAGCCAUUAUGUGAAUUCACCUUCUCUAGACACAUUGAGGUCUGGCAGAGAAGACACAUGUUCCCUGGCCUAGAGUAGGCUGACAAUAUUGCUGCCUCCCCUAAAUUGACUCAAUCUGGAGAAACACAUACUGCAGUGACAGUUGAUGAUGUAUCAGAAAUAUUCCUUUUUCUCCUAGAGGAAAUCCCUCAUGGCAUUAUUCCCUAAGGACAAUGAGAUGUCCCUCCCCUCAAAACCUAAAGCCCCCUAAUGAAAGAUUCAGCUCUGAUUUGCUGCCAACUUACUGCUAAGUGCUGAAUGAGUUACUGUGUUUGGCAUAGCUUCUACAUCACAGCAAGUAACUUCUCAGAGGGUAAAAGCCAAGCUGUAGACAAGGAGUGCUAUUAGCCCAAGGGGAAGAGCUAAUAGAUACACAGGCCAUAAGCACAGGGCUGUACGCAGAGCCUUUAUUGGCAUCUGCAUGAGAGGCCUAGAAAUUGGAUAUUAGAAACUAGGAAUCAUGGCUCUGAGUGCCUUGCAUACAGAAGAUACUCACUAAUACUAAAUCAAGGCACAUAAACAAUACUGGGUAAAUCAUACCUACCAGAAUAAAGAGUAACAUUCAGAGCUUUUCUUUUAGCCGUUAUUUUAAACAUUACUCCAUAUUUCAAAAGUCUGCAUGUAUGAAAUUGUGUCUUAUUUCUGGUUUUUAGAGCCUAAGAAAGAUACUGGUUCUUAAUUUGUAUUUAUCAUCUGAACACCAAAUUGAUUUUUGAAAUAAAUGUUUUACCAGCAUUUC